AUGUCGUUCUUCAAAGCGCCAGCGUGGGCGAAACCACAGGCACUGGAGAGGGGAGACGACGAGAAGGACUUAUUCAGCCAUUCCGACAAAUUCCUCGAGAUCCAGCGAGACACCAUAGAGCAGAAGAAGAAGCGCGCGGAACGUCUGAAGCAAAAAGAGCAAGAGCGCGAUCAGCGACAAAAAGAGAAGAGCGAGAGGAAAGAGCGUAAGAAUGCGAUCAAGCGAGAGUCUCCAGGCGAGGACGGUAAGGCCGGCCUCAAGAAACGACGCAUCAAUUCAGAAGAGAGCGCCAAGUUGUUGGCGUUGGCAGGCGCGAACCCGAUUAUGAUUGAUAGCGACGACGAUGAAGGCACGCUUGAGCCAGUGUCAAUGCCAGUGAGGAGAUCUCCCAGAAAUCAACGCACCAAGGAUAUGUUUCCUUCACCCAACAAGCCGAAGAGCGCACUCAGCAAUAUGGCAGAGGCCAGCGACCUUGAUGGCGAAAUACAAAUCACAGCUCUUCAAAAAGCGAAGCCUGCGCCACAGCCCGAUCCGGACGAAGAGGAAGAUUCAGACCCAGAGAUUGCUGCGAUACAACGUGCGGCGCGGGAAAGGCAUAGGCAGAAAACGCAGCAGCAAAGGUCCUCAACUCCGAAUGGCAUGACUUUGGAAAGAGGCGCGGAAGCUGGACCCAGUCACACUCCGUCUUUGGUGGAUCCGACGAUAUCUUUACUGGUAACAUCAGAUCUACCUGAUACAGAGCCGCUGUUGGUGAAGCGGAAACUCUCACAAAACCUCAAACAAGUAAGAGAAGCGUGGUGUCAAAAACAAGGCUACGAUAAAGCCCAAGCCGACAAGAUCUUUUUUACCUGGAACGGACGUCGCCUAUACAACGUCACCACAUGUCAAAGGCUGGGAAUAGAAGUUGACUCACAAGGCAAUGUGAUCAGAGCUGACGACCGAGCUGCAGAUGGCGCGGCUCGAGUACACAUCGAGGCUAUGACUGAGGACUUUUCGCCCAGAGCAAAGCGGAACGAGCACGCGGGUCGAAGGCAGACAGCGAUGGAGAAGAGCAGGAGGAAGAAGAAGCUGAAGCAGAAAAGCAGCAAAUCCGACUCACCAUCAAAGCCAAAGACAGAGACGAGGUUAGAGUGA